CGCAUGUUCGUGGAUCGAUAAAGAUUUGUGUGGGUUGUUUGUCAUUUUCAAGGUCUGCAUCGAUUUUAGGUUAAGAUAGUUGCCAAAUGCUCAGCAAGUGGGGCACUUGGUGUUUGUAUACCAAAGAAAAUAAACAAACAUGUCAGCCAAAACAAAGUGUAAAGUUAAUUCCGAUGGCAGUGUGUGUUUAGAAGAUAUUCUUAACUCAUUUAAUUCCUCAAUCAGAGAAGAACAUGCUUGGGCUUUAUGUUACCAGUGUGCAAAGUAUUACAGUGAAUGUGUAUCGUCUCGAAAACCUAAUAUCCAUAUUAUCACAGAAGUUAAGCAUGUGUACUUACAGACAGAUGGUAAUGUACAUGAAAAUACAGUAAAAUCCAAAGAUGCACCUAGAAAAUCUGUCAGGUGUGAAAAAGAUCUUAUUGCUGGUCUGGGAAUAGUGAUAUAUACAGCCCUCGAUCAAGGAAGUCAGAAUGAUGAAGAAAGAGUUAUUAGCCAGGAUCUCGAACAACUUAUCAGUGACAUGGUUUCAGAUGAGUUGAAUAGUUCAACAGAACAAACUCACCAUGAAACUGAUGAUGAGGGAAUUGAGCGAGAUUCAGAAGAGGGUGAAGAGGAGCCUGGUACGUCGAAAACUCGUAAUCAUAUGACGUUACAAGAAGUUAUAAAGAGAUGUGAAAUCCACCUUGGAACGUUAACAAAAACUCAGACUGAAGCACACUAUAAGGCUGUAGUUCGGGCUUUGGUUGCAGAAGGUUUAGAAUUAGCCACAUUUUUAGAAAAAGUUGCACAGGGCAAUUUGAACUUGCCUACAAAUAGCUCAAAACAGUCAGAUUUGGACCAAUUGAAGUUCUCCGAUUGGGCUAAAUUUUGGGUUCAGGUAAUGGGAGAACUCAGAAUGGGUGUCAAAUUAAAAAAGGUUCACUACAGUAGAGCUCCUAUUGAAUAUGAACUCACACCUUAUGAAAUACUCAUGAAAGAUAUUAGAUCAUGUAGAUAUAAUUUGAGAAAAAUAAUGAUUAAUGGAGAUGUUCCCUCUCGUGUUACCAAAGACGCUCACGCUAUUAUUUUAGAAUUUAUUAGAUCUAGACCACCCUUGAGGAAGGUGUCUGAUAGGAAACUGCCACCUCAACCGCGCACACUUACUCCAAGGGAGCAGUUACUCAAUUCUAUCAAAAAGGGUCGCAAACUGAGGCCCACUCCAAGAUCUAACUAUAUGCUAUCAGAACCAAAGCAUUCCACCAAAGAAGAUCCUUCUAAGUCAGGUCGAAGGUUAAUUAAAGUUGACUUCAGCCAGUUCGAAGAUGAGGAUGACGACGAACCAAUCGACAGUCCCGAUUCCACCGAUGCCGGUCUGUGGUCAGCAACGGAUUAUAUCCGAAUGUGUGAUAGCACCCUGGAAGCAUAUGAUCUCGCAACGCAAGACUUAAACCCUCGUUCAAACGUACGACGACACACCCUCGAAGUGUGCGACCCGAAUCUAGGCAGUUACUCUGUGCCCCAAUCGCGGCCUUGUUCUCGACAAUCCUGCAAUAGCUCGGAAGCAGAAUCGGUUCAGUUAGAACCCGAAGUGGCCAAAGCCAUGCAAGAAGAACUCACUAAUAUCCGUAGUUGGCAAGACACCAUAUCCCUAGACGAUAGAUUAUCACUCACGUUAUCAGAAAUUGUACAUAUUCGUGCAGUGCUGACCAAGGCCGAGCUGGAGGCGCUGCCGGUGGAGGGCAAAGUCAGGCACGAUGUGGAGGCGCGAAAAGUAUGCUUCCUGUGUCUGAAGACACGCUUCGGCAUUUUUGGCCCGUGGGGACAGAGGUGCACUUUGUGCAAACGCACAGUUUGCACAAAAUGUUGCUGCAAGAUGAACAUCCCUAUGGAGCACUUCUCCAGCGUGCCCGUGGUGUUGCUCAGUCCCAGCAUCAUGUGUACGCCGGAAGACGAGGCGAGGGAGUCGUUUCCGAAAUCUCUAGUCAAUAAAAUCAUGGAUCCCGAAACUCCAGCUUCAGCUGACCACAGUCCGGAGAUGAGCAGGCCCGGGUCCAGUAUGGAAAGCAGCACCAUCAGCGAUCCGGGGUCGCUCGGGAGGUUCCGGGCGAAGGCGGCCACUGCAGGCAGGGCUGCCAGGGUGGUUGAUAAGUUUAAAGCGUCACAAAUGGUCGUUUGCCAAGACUGCAAGAUGAUGGUGCUGCAAAUUAUCAAGUCGGCUAGAGCUAAUCGCUCGGCCAUUAGAAAUAAAACGCUACAAAGUCUCACGUUGAAUUUGUCACCUGUAUUUUAACAGUGAUAUUUAAAUUUACAUGUCUUAUCGAAAACAACUCAGUAGUGAUAUUAGUUUUAACCAGAAUCUUGUUGCAUUGCAUUUUCAAUGUUCCAUUCCUAUUUCGUGCAUUCCGAACGUAUUCGUGUAUAUUUUAAGAUGACCCCGGAGUCUUCUAGAAGAUUUUAUUAUAUUUAAAAAAUGGCUAUUUUAUUUUGAUAACUGUAAUUUUAUGUAAAAAUCUUUCAAAAAAUUUAAAAUAUAUUAAAAUAAAUAAAGGCUAUGUUAAUUAUU